AUCUUCUUCUACUUGUCAGGGAUUCCCUGUAACGCGGCAAUCCAGAAGAAGAAACAUCACAAAAGCAGAGAGAGCAAUACGACCAAAGACUUUGAAGGUCAUGUCAUAACCCUUUUAAGGGUUUGUCUCCUACCUCUCUCGAUCUCCCAGUCUCGAGACGUCAACCCUAGCAAACCCAGAAGACUCUGCUGCUUGUUGGAUCUCCCUCUCUCCCCCUAAGGGAAAGCUGAGGUCUUCUGCAUACAUCUGAGAGUUUUGUGUGUGUUUUGUUGGGAGAAAAGAGAAAUCAAAUGCCGGGGGAAGAUUUGGUAGAGCUUAAAUUCCGGUUAUAUGACGGUUCUGAUGUUGGUCCGUUUCAGUACUCUCCAACCGCCACUGUGGCAAUGCUCAAAGAGAGACUCGUCUCUGAAUGGCCUAAAGACAAGAAGAUUGUUCCAAAAGCAGCUAGUGACAUCAAGCUGAUAAAUGCUGGUAAGAUUUUGGAGAAUGGUAAAACUGUUGCUCAGUGCAAAGCUCCAUUUGACGAUCUCCCUAAAUCCGUCAUUACAAUGCACGUUGUCGUUCAACUGUCUCCAACAAAAGCAAGACCAGAGAAGAAAAUUGAAGAUGAAGAAUCUCCACAAAGAAGCCUUUGCUCAUGUACCAUAAUGUGAAAGAAGAAUAAGUCCCAAACCUCAGAUCUGAAAGAGAAGACUUUAGAAGCGUCUUUAAAGUCUUGUUUCAUUGUGGUUUUUGCUAGAAGACCCUAAAAACAUAAGUUACCAUUCUCACGCUUCAUGUUUUGUAUUCAUCAAAAGUUCAAAGAAAGCUUCAUCAAUGGCGUUUCUUGAAGUCUUUCUCUCUUGCAUUGUGAUGAAAACUCUUGUUUGGAGCAACUUAAUAUAAAGAGUAGAUUCUUUUUUUGUU